AUGAGUCAUAGCACUAUAGAAGAAAUAUGUCUACAAGAAGAUAGGGAGAAUGAAACCUCAUCAGAAACCAAGAAUUAUGGGGAGCAUAGUAACUAUGACAGCGAUACUGAGCAGGAAGCGGAUUCUGACGAUAUUCAUAACAUUCCCCUGCAGUUUGAAGAACUAAUAUUACCAGUGCAAUUGGGUGAAGAGUAUUUAGAUGAUGUUACAUUGAAAUAA